AUGGCCACUUUCAUCAAGCUCGAGGAUUCGCCAAUGUUCCAGAAGCAGAUUAGAUCUUUGGAACAGACAUCGGAGGAGCUGAAGGACAGGUGCCAAAAGCUCUAUAAAGGCAGUAAGAAGUAUAUAGAAACCCUUGAUGAGGCCUGCAAUGCAGACGUUGCAUUUGCAGAAUCACUAGAAGCAUUUGGUGGUGGAAGAGAUGAUCCAGUGAGCGUAUCAAUAGGAGGUCCAAUCAUGUCAAAGUUUCUUAAUGCCUUUCGUGAGCUUGCUACGUACAAGGAACUUCUUCGUUCUCAAGUAGAGCAUGUCCUCGUUGAUCGACUGACUCACUUUCUAUCUGUUGAUUUGCAAGAUGCAAAGGAGUCUCGUCGGCGACUUGACAAAGCAAUCUAUAACUAUGAUCAGGCUAGGGACAAAUUUGCCUCACUGAAGAAGAGUACCAGGGAUGAUAUUGUUGCUGAACUAGAAGAAGACCUUCAUAAUUCAAAGUCUUCGUUCGAGAGAAGCCGUUUCAAUCUAGUUAAUUCUCUCAUGAAUAUUGAGGCUAAAAAGAAAUAUGAGUUCCUGGAAUCUUUUAGUGCAAUAAUGGAUGCACACCUUAGAUAUUUUAAGCUGGGAUAUGACUUGUUAAGUCAAAUGGAACCAUUCAUUCAUCAGGUGUUAUCAUAUGCGCAGCAAUCAAAGGAACAGGCCAAUGCUGAGCAAGAUAGACUUGCUAAAAGAAUUCAAGAAUUUCGAACACAAGAAGAGCUGGAUCAUUCGCGCUCGUCAAGUAAUAUGGAAACAUCGACAAGUGCUGUUAGCUUGAAUGGUGUUACUAUGAAUUCUUACAAAAACAUACCAUCGAUCAUUUUAACUGCCACCAAAGGCGAGGUCCAGACCAUAAAACAAGGAUAUCUUCUGAAACGAUCUUCAAGUCUGAGAGCAGAUUGGAAGAGGCGAUUUUUUGUACUGGACAAUAUUGGGAAUCUAUAUUACUAUAAAGACAAGGGAACCAAAGCAACAGGUUCUCAAUCAUUUAAUCCCACUAGCUCGGGAGAACAAGGUAGCCGAGUAUUUGGUCGUUUCCGAGCGAAGCAUCAGAGAGGUUCAUCUCUUAAUGAGGAGACUUUAGGUAGUAAAGCUGUCAAUCUACACACAUCAAUUAUAAAGAUUGACGCCGAAGAUACAGAUUUGCGGCUGUGCUUUAGAAUAAUUUCCCCAGCAAAAACUUAUACACUACAGGCUGAGAAUGAAGCUGAUAGGAUUGAUUGGAUGAACAAAAUUACAGGGGUGAUUGCAACCCUUUUGAAUUCUCAAUUGCAGAAGUUAGAUUCUGGGAAAAAUGAGAUGGAUAAGAAGAAUGGUUCGUCUGGUGAUUCCUCUACCUCAAGGGCACUGGAUAGCACUGAUAAUCAGCAUGAUAGUACGAGAAUCAGUCAGGCGCAUUCUGUCUCUAACAUUCUUAGAGAGAUUCCUGGAAAUGAUCAUUGUGCAGAAUGCAAUGCACCUGAACCUGAAUGGGCAUCUCUGAAUCUUGGCAUCUUGAUGUGCAUUGAAUGCUCUGGCAUUCACCGAAAUCUCGGUGUCCACAUAUCAAAGGUGAGAUCUAUAAAUCUCGAUGUGAAAGUUUGGGAGCCUACAGUUUUGGAUUUGUUUCGCUCAUUGGGCAAUGAUUAUUCAAAUUCUAUUUGGGAGGAGUUGCUAUUACAGAAUGAUGGCAAGAUUGGAUCCGACGCGUUGCUUUCAAUAUCUAAACCUAACCCCAGAGAUGCUACUUUCCAAAAGGAAAAGUUCAUUCAAGCAAAGUAUGUUGAAAAACUUCUCCUUAGCAAGGAUUCUACAUCUAGCGAUUUCUCCCAAGCCACCAAAAUUUGGGAUGCGGUUCAGCAUAAUAACUUGCGGGAAGUGUAUAAAUUAAUUGUGACAUCAAACACAAAUAUUAUCAACUCAACCUACGAUGAGGUAGCUGGUGCAAAUCUGUAUCACAGUAUUAACAAAGAGGAUUCAGAUACAGUCUUGCGUGAUAUGGACAAGCAAAACCUCGAUCCAGCAUCCUGUCAUAAGUCUUCUGAGGAAGCAAGCAGUUGCCUCCAAGGAUCUUCUCUGUUGCAUCUAGCUUGUCAUACUAGCAAUUCAGUGAUGCUUGAGCUGUUGUUGCAGUGUGGCGCUGAUAUAAAUCGGCGUGAUUUUCAUGGAAGAACACCUCUGCAAUACUGUAUAGCCAGAGGGAAUAACCAUCUUGCAAAAUUACUGCUCAGGAGAGGUGCUCAUGGAUCAAUUAGAGAUGGUGGAGGUCUCAGUGCUUUGGAAAGGGCCAUGGAGAUGGGAGCAAUCACUGAUGAGGAGCUGUUUGUCUUGCUCACUGAGAGUGACUAA